AAACAUGGAGAAGCUGGAGGCCAAUAAGUGUCUCAAGCAUACCCUUCUGGCCCUCAUGGAAGAUCGGUGGGCCAGGGUGGUAGACACAGUCUUCUGCAGGAGAUAAGAAGAUAGGUAUUCAAAGACCAAAGCUUCGGCGAGUGCGAAAACGAAAACAAGCGGAGAAAUGGACGGUUACAAAGUCAGUGCUGAUCUCUUUGCAUCUGCAUUGCUCUUGCGGCGGGUAUGAAGGUCCCAAAUCGGGUUAGCCUCUGGAACUCGAAUGUUCCAUCAUUCCAUGGCGUAGAUGGGCUUCCUCCGUCUUCCCCAACAACCGCUAUAUUACCAUGCAGCUUACAAGAGCGCUUUUCGGCUUCAAUGCCGCCCGAUUGACACUCUUUACGCGUGCUCAUUGUGGGCUUUGCGAUACUGCCAAAUUGACCGUGUCUAAACUCCAGAAACGACGCCGAUUCGACUACACCGAAAUCGAUAUCAUGACCCCGGAGCAUAAACAAUGGAAAGAUGUCUACGAAUUCGAUGUUCCGGUUCUUCAUGUUCAAUCCUCUCAGUCGAACAACGAAUCGGAACUUCGGAAGCUAUUUCACCGAUUCUCGGAAGCUGAAGUAGAAGAAUUGGUGAACCAGGCAGAAAAAUAGGUACCAUCAUUUCGUACUGCGUGCGAACGUGUUUCUACGUACGUGUACUCUGCCGAUAUGGUCUCGUCAUUCCAGUUUUCAACAAACGUGCUACUACACACCCCGUACUAGUCAGCAUAAAUCACGACAACACACUAUCUUCUACGGUAUACGAAUCAUACUGGGGUGGACAACAAAGGACGAGUUCAUAGGAGACAUGGGAGACUUUUAGUGGCGUCUUCUUACUGUGGUACGACAGUUCCCUACAAAAACGGAUUCCUUAUUCGGCUUCUCUAGUCGACUUAUCUCGCCAAAUAUGCUCGCCUCCUAGUUCUAUGAAAAUCGGAAGUGACUAUACUACCGAUGGGAGUUAUUAUCAUAUCUUAACUCAAAUAUUCAACCGAUUC